AUGUUCACUUAUCAUGACGAUGUCAGGAAAUCAGCACUUCCACUGAUGCAAUCUUUGACCACCUUGUCGCAGUCUUUUAAACACUUAUCAGAAGGACCUCUUGAGGGAGAACAGGAACCUCAGUCCCAGACACUUACUUAUAACACUCCACAAGGUUGCCCAAACCCUGAUUUGUAUCAACAGGCAGUGUCAAAAUUGCAUAAAUGGACCAGGGAAGCAUCAGAUACCUCAAACGGAGCCCCUGUCGGGACUCUGCACCAAGAUCUGUCUGACUUGACAAGUGGAAUUUACAUCAAGCGGGAGACCUCAGCUACGUCCCUUAAGGAGCGCCAUAUGGAAUUCAUAGAACUAAAUCUGCAACUCUAUGAAUCCUGGCUUGAUGAUCAAGGGAACGUGAUCAGAUCGGUCAAAAUCCAGUCAUGUUGA